GUUUCGGGGAAGCGGGGGAGUCCUUCAGUAAACAAUACAACUAUCCUUUACAAAUGCUGAUUUCCCAACGUGGAAGGAAAAUCCACAAACUGAAUUUUGUACCCUGAAUCCUCCCUUUCCAUUCGCCACCAACCAAUUCAGAGUUAAAACGGAGCCCCGAAGUCUACUACGCGGGCUUCAAACUGUCCCCUCCGAGGACCCGUAGAAGUGAUGUUAUCAUAGCGCGACGACAGGAAGUAAGCUUGCGGGCUGCUGUAUUACACUAGGUCGAGAGCUCCAGAGCUGUCAGGACUGCGAUCUCUCCCCUUUUCCUUGCUGCUAUGGAUAAUGCCUGCGAGUCGCCCACGGAAAAAGGAGGAGAAACAGGGGAGCCAGAUGAAACGGCCGCUGCUCCCCGGGGCCCAGGAGCUACCGACACGGACGGAAUCCCGGAGGAAACUGACGGGGACGGAGAUGGGGACUUGAAAGAAGCGACUGCCGAAGAAAGCGAGCUCAAGAGUCAGGACAUCUCAGAUUUAACAGCAGUUGAAAGGGAAGACUCAUCUUUACUUACUCCUGCAGCCAAAAAAAUGAAAAUAGAUACCAAAGAAAAGAAAGAGAAGAAGCAAAAAGUGGAUGAAGAUGAGAUUCAAAAGAUGCAAAUCCUGGUUUCUUCUUUUUCGGAGGAGCAGCUGAACCGUUACGAAAUGUAUCGCCGGUCAGCCUUCCCUAAGGCAGCCAUUAAGAGGCUGAUCCAGUCCAUCACGGGCACCUCUGUGUCUCAGAAUGUUGUUAUUGCUAUGUCUGGUAUUUCCAAGGUUUUCGUCGGGGAGGUGGUAGAAGAAGCACUGGAUGUGUGUGAGAAGUGGGGAGAAAUGCCACCACUACAACCCAAACAUAUGAGGGAGGCUGUUCGGAGGUUAAAGUCGAAGGGGCAGAUCCCCAACUCAAAGCACAAAAAAAUCAUCUUCUUCUAGACCAAAGCCUAGAAAGGCCUGGUACUGAAGGGAAUAGUGCUGGUUCCAGACUUGCUGCUGCAUGAGACUUUCGCACUGGUGCUUUCUUAUCUUGGUCCUCCAAGGAUUCCAUGGUGAUUUUAAUGUCUUUCUCGGAACUCUGAUACUCAUCACAUCUAAAGGCAUGCAGCCUGUUUCAUACCUGCCUUGUCUAAAUAUUGAGGCAUU